AUGAACCCAACCGACCAAGUCGCCUACCGCGCUCAGAUGGACGACGAGCUUCUCUCAUUCACCCGCUCGGUCCCGCCUCCGCCGUACUCUGGUAAUGCACAGGUUGCGAACCCUGCGCCCAUUCCCGUGGACGCGUCGAGGGCGGACUAUGACUUGACGCCGAUGCCCCAGAGCGUCAACAGGCCCAAGCUGCCUGAGGAGAAGCGUAAUGCCUAUCUCGGAGAGCUGAACGAGGACAGCUGUAUCGUCAAGUUCCAGACGAUCGUCCGGGAGAACCGGGAGAUUGUCGUAGGGCGCAUUAAGGUUCCCACCCCCAACAAUAGCCAUGCUUUCAUCCUUCGCCGGUACGACACCGACGCCAUCUCGCUCACUACCAUGUACAAGGUCGCCUUCCCGGGCGCAUCCGAAGAGGAGGAGAGACGUGAGAUGGAGUGGGUCCGCUCCAGCUUUGACACCCGCAAUAUGAAUGGCGGCCGUGAUUGCACUGCGGUCCGACUGGCCGGGCAAUGGGUAUCUCGCCACCUCGCUAUCCACAUUGCGCCCGCCUACGGCCUGAUGGAGCUUAUCACUGCCCUUGCACGCGCCCACCCCGAUCCCAACGUCGCAUACCGCAAAUCUCAACGCUCCCAGAUCGCCUCGGACGAGCUCAAGGCUCCACGCCCAGCUUCGGCUAUCCCAUCACUGGCCGCUCCCGUUUCUGAACCCGCUGCCAAGCGCGCGCGCAACGCAUCUCCCGCCCGCUCCGCUAGUGUCGCCUCUCCCGCUCGCUCCGCUAGUGCCGCCCCUCCCUACUCGCUCGAGGACGAGCGUCACAUCACCGUCGAAGCCACCACGACCAUCACUGGCCCCGCCUCCUCCACGGCCGAGAUGAAUGCCGAGAUCGCCCAAGCCAAGCAGAUGGUCAUUGACCUUCGGCGGGAGCUUCAGCUGCGGUCGGCGUCGGGCCAGGAGCUCGAGGACCAGGGUGUGGAUAUGCCUGCGGACACGCGCGGGCGCAAGCGGGCAGCGGGAGAGGAGGAUGAGGUGAUGAUCUCGGGCGGUGUCAGUGGGCGCACCGAGCGUGUCAUUCGGGCCAACAAGAAGGUGGAUGUGGUCGGUGGAGGCGGGGCUGCAGGGCGCAAGAUUGCCUGGGGCGCAGUCAUGUUUGGUCUGGGCAUCGGAGCUGCGUCGUUCAUCCCCCAGAUCGCAUCGCAGUUCCCGGCCUUUGCGUCCCAGUUCUUCUAG